AUGCACGUCUGGAAGCAAAUGCUCAUUUUCCAUUCAAACCUUGCCGCUAUCACUGCUGCAGGUCCCUCCAUGUCCGAAGAUCCAAGCGCAGUACCUGGCCCUCACUUCCUCGCACAUCUCCCUUUUUCCGAAUCACCAUCUUCGACAAUCAAAAUUGCCUCCGUCUCGGCUUCGAGGUUUUCAGCCUCAAAAGAACCGGAAGAAUCCUCCGCCAUUCGCGUUAUUUGCAGAAGUAGUAUAGCAUACGUUUCACCUGCGCAAAACCCGUCUACUAUUGGCGGUCUAUCUUCUCCCACCAGAUUAGAUGCAGGGCACGGUCGAUAG